GACACUAAGACACUGACAGUACUCAUCAGUUCAUUCUCAGUGCUCAGCAGUUUCUUUCAAAUUCCGAUCUUUCGCCAUUACCAAACCCUAGUUGCUUCGUUCUUCCUCUUCAUCUUCUUCGACAAUGUUGUCUUCUCUCCGGCGUGCAGUAUGUCAAACAAGUAACUUUAACGGACUUGAUUCAUCAGCAACAAACCAUUUUUACUGUUUUCUUUAUACUCAAAACUCAUCUCUUUCUGUUCUUAACUUCAGUUCCUCCCCAAAUUACAGCAAUUCUUCUUCAUCUUCUUCACUUUUAGUCAAUUACCUGAUCAAUUCAUGGGGAUUAUCUGAACAUCAAGCUAUUGCUGCUUCUGAAAAAAUUGAUUUCAAAACCUCAACAAAACCAGAUUCAGUCAUUAAUCUACUUGAAAAUUACGGAUUCACUAAACAACACAUCUCUAAAACCAUUUGUCAGUGUCCCUAUGUUCUCUCAAAUGAUCCUCAGAAAACCCUUAAACCCAAACUUGAUUAUUUCAACUCCAAAGGGCUUUCUGGACUCGACCUUGCCAAGUUCGUCUCUACUAACACAGGUAUCCUUCGUCGUAAAUUAGGGACCAGCAUAAUGGUUUCCUUUGAAAACUUGAAGAACAUGGUUCACAGUGACAAAAACGUAGUUACGAUUAUCAAACGCCAUUCAUGGCUUCUUACGGGAACCCUGUAUCUGAAAAACUUGGUGGUCAACAUUGAGCAUCUCAGAGAUAAAGGUGUUCCUCAAUCCAAUGUUACUACGUUUCUUGUCGAUCAGCCAAGCAUGCUCACGACAAGCACCGGUAAAUUUGAGGCGAUUGUAGAAGAGAUUAAGGGCAUGGGUUUUGAUCCUUCACAAGGUAAAUUUCUUAUUGCUAUCAAGGCAUUGAAUGGCAUGAGCAAAUUGACCUGGGAAACAAAACUGAGUGCUUACAGGAAAUGGGGUUGGUCAGAUGAAGAGAUUCAAAAUGCUUUCAAGAAACAUCCUAGGUGUAUGACACAUUCUGAGAAGAAGAUAAUGUCGAUAAUGGAUUGCCUUGUGAAUCAAAUGGGUUAUAAUCCAUCGCCUAUUGCUGAAUACCCAGUUGUUCUAAGUUUAAGCUUGAGGAACAGGAUUAUGCCGAGAUGUGUCGUUAUUCAGUUUCUAGUCUCCAAAGGAAAGAUUGAUAAACAAAUUUCUUUAAGAUCAUUAUUUGGAAUAUCUGAGAAGUCUUUCUUGGAGAAGUAUGUGAAGAAAUAUGAGGCAGAGGCUCCAGAAUUAUUGAAGGUAUACCAAACUUCACUAUCUAGUAGUACUUGUUAAGCAUCUAAUGAGAUGAAUAUGUUAUAGAUUAAUGAAAAUUUACAAAUUAUAGGUUACACAGUGCUAUCCCUUUGUAUUCUGUCUAAGUAGUACUCCUACGUAAGAGUUCUAUGCUUUAUCAGUAGUAAAGAUGAUACUCUUUUAUUAGUUACAUGGUAUAUAGAUAUUGAAGUUUCUGGAGUGACAUUGACAUAAUAUCCUUUCUCCUGUAUG